AUGGGAGACGUUGUAAACGAACCACGGAACGCGCUAGGCAACGAAGAUGGCGCCCUGCGCCCCCCCUUGGAUGUCGCAAUCGUGGGAGGUGGCCUCGUCGGCGUUAUCGCGGCACUCGGGCUUGUACACCGCGGAAUCCGGGUGACCGUCUACGAACGUGGCGCCAAAUUUCAAGAACUCGGGGCGGGGAUAGGCUUCCCCAGAGUUGCGCGGGAAUGUAUGCAGCGGAUGGACCCUCGCGUGCUCGAUGCUCUAGCCCGGGUAACUCAACAGAACCCCCAUGAUACGGUUCGCUACUGGGAUGGCUUCAACCCACGAACCAAGGAGUCGUCCGAGCUAAAGGAAGGAGCGUUACUUUUUGACGUCCCGGAGCGGGAUCUGGCGUUUUGGUCUUGCUUACGAUCGCAUUUCCUGCUCGAGAUGGUGGCGUUGCUGCCAGAAGGCGUCACGCAGUUUGGAAAGCGGCUCGUGGAGUACAUUGACGAGGAGAAGAGCGACAAGGUUGUGCUGCGGUUUGCUGAUGGGAGCAGGGCCGAGGCUGAUGUUGUCAUCGGCUGCGACGGCAUCCACUCGACCACCCGCAAGCUUCUCCUGGGUGCUGACCAUCCAGCCUCACACCCCACCUACUCGCACAAGAAGAUCUUCCGUGGUCUCGCGCCCAUUAACGCGGUAGCCAACGCCCUGGGCGUCGACAAAGCCCACGACUACAUCAUGCACCUGGGCCCAAAUGCCCAUACCCUAUCCUUCCCCGUAAACAACGGAACCCUCGGCUACAUGCUCUUCGCGAUCCACGACGCGGACGAGUGGGCAGACCCGCACACCAUGACCGCGCCCAGCACACGGGACCAAGUCGCGCGCGCGUUCCAGAGCUGGGGCCCGCACAUCGUCGAGGCCGUGAGCCUGCUGCCCGAGAAGCUGGACAUGUACGGCGUGUUCGACAUGGCCGACCACCCGGCGCCGAUCUACGCCGCCGGCCGCGUGUGCAUCGCCGGCGACGCCGCCCACGCCAGCAGCCCGUUUCACGGCGUCGGUGCCGGCAUGGGUAUCGAGGACGCCCUCGUGCUGGUGGAGCUGCUGGCGCAGGUCCGGGACCAGAACGAGGCUGGGGCUGGGGCUGGGCCGCCGGCACUGACGGCUGCUCUGAAGACGUUCAGUACCGUCAGGAUGGAGCGUACGCACUGGUUGGUGCAGAGCUCGCGGGAUAUGGGGAAUAUUUACCAAUGGCGGUAUCCGGAUACGGGGAGGGACAGUGCCAAGAUUAAGGCCGAGUUUGAGCGGCGGGCGAGGAAGAUUUGGGACUUUGAUGUGGAUGGGAUGGUGGCUGAUGCAAAGAAGGAAUACGGGAAACGAAGGGCGGGUGAAUUGUAG